AUGACAUUAACAAUAUAAAUAUUUAAACAUCAAAAUUAUGUUGAAGACAUUGAAAUAAAUAUUUACAUUCCUUUACUUUUUUCAAUCUAUGGUAUUUUUUUUAUCAAUAAUUCUUAGAAAAUUAUUUUGAAGUACUUGCAGCUUACAAAAAUAUCAGGAAUGUAAGACUUCCAUAUGCUGAACCCUUCUUUUUUGCUCAAUAAUGCUGA